AUGAACGUUCUACCACCACUAGAUUACCCUCCCGUCAACCCUAGUGACUACCCUCAUAUCCCAACGCAAACGCCACCCACAAUGCUCAAAAAAAUGCACGCUCUUUGCGCCAGUGGGGAUAUUCAGGAAUUUUGGGAAAUUCUUGACUUACCACGCUCUUUUCCGGAUGGAUUCGACAUAUGCGAUUUGUCUGCUAUAAUGAUCGAAGCCAUCAAACGAAACAGUGUGCUUUUUGUCAAGGAGCUCCUUCAUCGCGGCAUGCCGGUAGAUCCACUCUAUGCCCUCGAAGCAAUAAAAGUGAAGGCAAAAGAUAUUCUAGAGACUUUUCUGGGUAACGGGUGGGAUAUAAAUCAGCCGAUGAGCGAGCUUAAACCCCCGGUGCUAGGAUAUACUGUUACAGAUGAAGAAAUGACAGCCUGGCUUCUUGACCAUAAAGCUGAUCCUAAUCGACAAUGUGUUAUUGAUCUCACACCACUAUCCCUUGCUGUCGAAAGCGCCCCGAUUUCCGUCAUUCGUCUUAUACUCAGUCGUGGUGGUGAUGUUCGAAAAGGCCAACUCCUCCAUCAUGCCAUUGAACGGCAAUCGGAUGCUAUCGAUGUUUUGAAUCUGCUAAUCGAGAAAGGCGCACCCAUCAAUGCAACUGUAUAUGAAGACUACCCAUCUUGGGCGUUGUUCCCGUUUAUGGGUCUCGGCACACCUUUACACAGAGCACUUGAACGAAGAAGAGGGGAUGUGGCUCGCUAUCUGAUCAGUAAAGGAGCCAACCAGAACACUAAGGAUGCACAAGGUCGUGUACCUUUAGAGUGUGCGCAAAUGACGAAUCAGUUGGAUGUCAUUGAGGCAUUGGAGAAAGGGAAGCAAUCCUGUUUUUCCCUACGC